UGGUCGCAUCUCUGCCAAGAGGAUCGCUUGGCGACCUGGAGCUCGGACGGACGCCCAGGUACCUGUUCACUUUACAGUGCUGGACCCCACACUUGUCCACUACCAAGUUACAUCCCAACUCUUCUUCCUCUUCUUUACAAUAUUCUCAGAUUCCAAUCCAGGAUGCAGAAUUGCACUCAGUCAUCAUAUCUUCACAGCUUACUCAGGUGACAGUUUGUAUAAAGGCAGCAUUGUGACUUGUGACCUCACUUUGCAAGACUUAAAAAUAUUGUCAUGGAUCAACUAUGCUUGUUAAGUGUGGAAAAACAAAAUAUAGAACUACAGAAAAGUUCAAAAGGAGCUCAAAAAAUAGAGGAUAAAGAUGCAGAGGUGGUCUUUGUUGGGGUAAUUUCAAAGGCAAAACCAGUCAUCUCCAAAAUUUUGAACAGAGUCACCCCAGGUUCAUACUCAAGGAGAAAAAUAUUCAGCCACUUUCAAAAAGGUACUACACAAAAUUCACAGCCUACACAGUAUAUGUUUCCAACACCAGAAACAACUUGUCAAUCUGAAUUAAUAUCAGCAAGUGGUCCUACUAUUACUGAGCCUUUGUCUGAAACCAGUUAUAAAAAUGCUUCACCACAAGUCAUGCCCAUUAGUUCCUCAAAGUUUUAUCCUGUGGUUACCCUCACAAGUUCAUGGCAUGAUCCAGUAACAGCAGCAUUUUCCAUAAGAGGUGUGAAUGAAAGUCCUCAUGUGGCAAAGCGCCAAUCUUCUGCUUCUAAAGAAAGCAGCAUAAAUCCCAAAAGGCCUAAACUUAGUGACAGAGAAAGAUGUUCUUCAGCUUUGUCUUCUCCGGGCAAUUUUUAUACAGUGAAUCCUCAGAAAAGUCCACCGUUAAAUAGUGUUCCUGCCUCUUUAAGCCUUGUUCAGAGUGGACCACCAACAGCUUUUCCAAAUGACAGUGUCUAUUUCAAGCCAAUCAGUUUAAAUCUUGAUAGAGCAAAUGGAUUGGCAAAAACAACCUUUUCAAACCACAGAAUACAAAACAAGAACUUUGAUCCCAAGAAAGGAGAUCUGACCCUGUUAGUUAAUGACUUUGAUUAUGAACAUUAUGAGGGAAAUGAGCAGCCACAAACAAAGACCCGCACAAUUUUUAAGUGCUCCAGAUGCCAUCAAGUUCUAGUAAGUGUGAUGUUUAUGAGGCACAUGAAGUACCAUUUGGAAUUUGAAAAGCAGAGUGGUAACAAGUUGAUAAACAGCACCAUCUGAAAGCACUGCCACCGGAAAUUCCCCAAGUCCUUCCAGCCACACCAUCACAUUGACAGAAUGCAUACUACCUAAGAGCCCUAUUCUCCUGCAAAACCUGAAUUGUCAUUUGAAACACAUCAGUUUCUCUUACAACACAGGAAGGAUGAUCAUAACCUUGGGGAGAUGCUGUAUGUGUACCACAUUUGCAAGUAUAGGUCAUCAUUUCCUGAUGUAAUAACACAUUUGAGAAAGUGCCAUACAAAUACUAAUAAUCAGCUCGGUCUGUCACAAACAUUUCAAAACUGUUCUGUGAGUGCGAGUGAGAGUAACUUUUGUGGAGUACGCAAGACAUAAG